GACGUUGAGACGGCACAUUGGCAUGGCGGACGCCAAUCAAUUAUUGAAUCCAUUUCAUAAUCCAGAUCAUUGUUCCUGGCAAACGCUGGAUUUUGCCAAAUUUACUACUUUUUUAUUCUCAUUCACUAUUGUUCCCCUCAAUUUCUUUCCUGCUACGCGUUCCAAUCUGUCUGAGUAAUUUGCGCCAGCAUCUGAUCUCGUAUUGAAGAUGAACGAUCUAUUGAAGGAUUCUUUUGAGCUACCUAGAAUGGGGGCUUCGAAAGAUGAAAGAGAUCUUGAAGCAGGGACCUCCAUUGCAACUAAUGCUUCGGAUCUGGGGAUGUCAGAAUUCUUUAAACAGGUCAAAGAUAUCGAGAAGUUAAUGGAAAAGCUGUCUAAACAAUUUCAAAAACUUCAGGAGGCACAUGAAGAGUCAAAAUCUGUUACAAAGGCAUCUGCCAUGAAAGCAAUUAAACAGCGUAUGGAGAAAGAUGUGGACGAAGUGGGGAAAAUUGCACAGAAUAUCAAACACAAAAUUGAAUCUCUUGAUGCAGAUAAUGUGGCCAACCGAAAGAAGCCUGGAUGUGAGAAAGGCACUAGUGUUGAUCGGUCUCGAAUGUCAAUGACUGCCACUUUAAAAAAGAAAUUGAAGGAUCGCAUGUCAGAUUUUCAGACUCUAAGGCAGAUGAUUCAGGAUGAAUAUCGAGAAGUAGUUGAACGAAGAGUUUUUACAGUGACUGGAACAAAGGCAGAUGAAGAUACAAUUGAGCGUUUGAUAGAGACAGGAGAUAGUGAGCAAAUUUUCCAGAAAGCUAUUCAAGAGCAAGGCCGAGGCCAGAUAAUGGACACCUUAGCAGAGAUUCAGGAGCGACAUGAUGCAGUAAGGGACAUAGAGAAGAAGCUCCUUGACUUACAUCAGAUUUUCCUGGAUAUGGCUGUGCUUGUAGAGUCUCAAGGAGACAUGCUUGAUAACAUUGAAACUCAGGUUUCAAAUGCUGUGGACCAUGUGCAAUCAGGAACUGUAGCUCUUCAAAAGGCCAAGAGUUUACAGCGGAAUUCAAGGAAGUGGAUGUGUAUUGCCAUUAUAAUUCUUUUGAUUAUUGUUGUCAUUAUAGUUCUUGCAGUAAUUAAGCCAUGGACCGGCAGCAAAAAAGCUUAGAGAGUGUAGUUUGGUGUACUGAUAAUUUCUUGUAGAUUUGUGUGAGAAUUUCAGGUAACUGCACCUGAAAUCUUGUAGUCUGAGCUGCUAUUUCAAUAUGUUUUGAAACUGUUCAGAUUACUAAAGUUUCAGUUUUUCCGGUCAUCAUCAAAGCCUUACACUCUUGUCGCUUUGUGUUAUUUAUAGUAGGCAUCCCAUUCUUGUUUCUUCGAGAUGACCACUCUUCACAAGAUAUGUCAUUGAAUGUAAUGCACCCAUUUGUUGCAUCUUCAAUACCUUGUCUACUUUCAAGGCAUUUGUUUUGAAUUCUUUGAUAAGAUUUUAAAUUUGAAAAUGCAAUAAUUGGACCAUUCUACUUC